CACUGAAAGGCAUCACUGAUACAUGACACUGAUAUAUGGCAUUGCUAGGCGGCACUGAUAGGCAGCACUGACUGGCACUGAUAGGUGGCACUGACUGGCACUGAUGGGUGACAUUGAAAGGCAGCUCAGAUGGGCACUGAUGGGUGACGAAAGGCAGCUCAGAUGGGCACUGAUGGGUGACAUUGAAAGGCAGCUCAGAUGGGCACUGAUGGGUGACAUUGAAAGGCAGCUCAGAUGGGCACUGGUAUGGCACUGACAGGUGGCACUUCUGGGGCCACACUGAUCAUCAGGGCACACUGAUCAUCAGUGCCCUGAUGAUCAGUCAUUUCCGUGUUUACAUGUGAUCAGCUGUG